AUGAAGCUACAAUCGGCACUCCUCCUGUUCAGCUUGACAUUGGCCUUGGGCCAGAUUGUUCCCCGGAGGAACUGGUGUCCUGCGCCACUAUCUCCGAGAUUGCCAAGGCUGAUGGUACCCGUUCGACUCAUCAUCAUUCAUCAUACGGUCACGGCUCCCUGCUUUAAUCCCCACCAGUGUCAGUCGGCACUUCGACAAAUUCGUGCUGAUCAUCUGCGCAGAAAAUUCAGGGAUAUAGGCUAUAACUUCCUGAUCGGCGGCGAUGGUCGAAUCUACGAAGGUUUGGGUUUCGGCAUCCGAGGGGAACACGCUCCCCACUAUAACAGUCAAUCGAUUGGGAUUGCUUUCAUUGGCAACUUUCAGACUGGAUUACCUCCUCACCAGAUGUUACAAGCUGCCCGUACUCUUAUCCAAAUCGCCGUACAGCGUCGCCAGGUUUCGCCAAGUUAUUCUCUUGUGGGACAUUGCCAAACUAAGGCCACAGCUUGUCCGGGAAAACAUCUUCUGGAUGAGCUAAAAAAGUGGCCACGCUGGCAGCCAAAACCUUAG